AUGGCGAUCAAGCACAACCAGCAGAUUCAGAAGAAUCAUUUCCACAAGGACUGGCAACGCUACGUCCGCUGCCACUUCGACCAGCCUGGCAAGAAGAAGUCCAGACGCAAUGCUCGCGUUGCCAAGGCUGCGAAGGUAGCCCCCAGGCCCGUCGACAAGCUCAGGCCCGUCGUCCGCUGCCCUACCAUCAAGUACAACCGCCGUGUCCGCCCCGGCCGUGGUUUCUCUCUUGCUGAGCUGAAGGCCGCCGGUAUCCCCCGCAAGUUCGCCCGCACCAUCGGUAUCUCUGUCGACCCCCGCCGCCAGAACCUCUCCGAGGAGGGCCUCAAGGCCAACGUCGAGCGCCUCCAGGAGUACCGCAAGCGCCUUAUCCUCUUCCCCCGCCGCAAUGGCAAGACCAAGUCUGGUGACGCUUCCGCCGAGGACGUCAAGGCCGCCAAGAGCGCCGACAACCUCGUCCAGUCCACCGCCGCUGCUCUGCCCAUCAAGAACGUCAUCCAACUCGAGGAGGGCCCCAUCGGCAACUACGAGGCCACUGAGAACGCCUACCGCAAGCUCCGUGAUGCCCGCUCCGAGGCCCGCCUUGUCGGUGUCCGUGAGAAGCGCGCGAAGGCUAAGGCCGAGGAGGCCGACUCCAAGAAGAAAUAA